CACAUAAUUUGGAACAUCUAAAAGAGGAGACAAUCUCCUAUUUAUACAUGGCAUUUUUCUCUUUUUAUACUGCAGACUCAUCUUUUGUACUACAAAUCAUCCAAUUGCACGCUCACAUUCGAAAUAUGUGUCAGACUAGUGUUUCCACCCAACUUCUUUCACUUAUUUUGCUAUCAGGAAUUCUAUACCUUGAAACUGUUAAGCUCGGUCUCUGCAGCGUUGAUCAUAACGUGGGAUGCCUGGAUUUUGAGAGGAAAGCCCUUCUUGAGGUCAAACAAGGCCUCGUUGAUCCUUCAGACAGGCUUUCAUCUUGGACGGGAGAAGAUUGCUGCAAAUGGCGGGGUGUAGGCUGCAACAAAAAAACUGGACGUGUGACCAGGCUCAAUCUUCACAACGAAUAUGUAGAUGGUUUGGACGGUGAAGAUGGAGCAAUGCAUGCAUUAGGUGGUGAGAUCAACCGUUCUUUGCUUGUUUUGAAAGAUUUGAUUUAUUUGGAUUUGAGCAUGAAUAACUUCGAAGGUGUUCGAGUUCCAAGUUUCAUGGGAUCACUAGAGAAGCUUGAAUACCUCAAUCUCUCUGGUGCAUCUUUUGGUGGGGUCAUUCCCCAUAAUCUCGGAAAUCUUUCGAGAUUGCUUUUUCUAGACCUCAGCAAUAAUUUUUUUGAACCGAAUGCGACUGACCUUCGAUGGCUUCCAACUCUUUCUUCCUUAAAGUUCCUCAACUUGGGAGGAGUGGAUCUUAACAAGGUUGCAUCCUCUUGGCUUCCCACUGUUAAUAUGCUCCCUUCACUUGUUGAACUGCAUUUGCCCUCUUGUCAACUUUCCAUCCUUCCUUUCGCUCUUCCUUUUAUAAAUUUCACAUCCCUUUCGGUUCUCGAUCUCUCUACCAAUAAUUUCAACUCCACAUUACCUCCUUGGUUGUUCAAUCUGACUAAACUAGUCAGCAUUGACCUAAACUCCAAUAAUCUCCGUGGAGCACUUCCAGAAACAUUUGGUAGUUUGAAGUCUCUCCAGACGCUUGAUUUGUCUCAGAAUUCAGACAUUGAAGGUCAGUUGCCACGAAGCUUGGGAACGCUAUGCAAUUUGCAGGCACUGAAACUUUCUAUCAACAGAAUUACUGGUGAGAUUACUAAUUUUGUUGAUAGUUUGUCUUCAUGCGCAAAUAUCAGCUUACAGAGGUUGGAUUUGGGAUAUAAUAACCUGACAGGAAAACUGCCUGAUUCUUUGGGACAUCUUAAAAAUUUAAGAUCUCUCAAAUUGUGGCACAACUCGUUUCAGGGUUCAGUUCCAACAUCCAUUGAAAACUUAAAAUCUUUGGAGGAGUUUUACAUUGCAUACAAUCAACUGACGACGAUCCCAGAAAGUCUCGGUCAACUCUCAUCGCUGGUUGCGCUAGAUAUCUCGGAAAACACAUGGGAAGGUGUCAUUACAGAAGCUCAUUUGGCGAAACUUCGAGGCCUAAAGGAUUUAUCCAUAAAAAAGGGAUCUCAAAACGUUUCUCUGCUUUUCGACAUUAGUCCUGAUUGGAUACCUCCUUUCAAGUUGAAAUACUUGGCAAUCCGAUCAUGCAAACUUGGUCCCAAAUUUCCUACAUGGCUCAGAAAUCAGAAUGAGCUGGUUACUGUGGUACUCAGUAAUUGCAGGAUUUCCGACACCAUACCAGACUGGUUUUUGCAGUUGGAUUUGCAAUUGGAUGAAUUCGAUGUUUCUUUCAACCAACUAAGUGGCAGGGUGCCGCAUUCAUUAAGAUUCAGCUUUCCCUCCACUUUUGAUUUGAGUUCAAACCGCUUUGAGGGUCCCCUCCAACUCUGGUCAUCAAAUAUUACCAUGCUGUAUCUUAAAGAUAAUCAAUUUUCUGGGCCAAUUCCUCGUAAACUUGGUGAUGCAAUGCCCUCGCUGACAGAUCUAGACCUUUCGAGGAACUCUUUGAAUGGAAGCAUUCCCCUGUCCAUAGGCAAUCUACGCCAAUUGAUGACCAUUGUUGUCUCGAAUAACCAAUUGUCGGGUGAGAUUCCUCAUUUUUGGAACAAUAUGCCAUUAUUGUACAUCCUAGAUGUGUCAAAUAACAGUCUUUCAGGUUCAAUCCCAAGUUCCUUAGGUUCUCUCAUUUCACUUAGAUUCUUGAUACUCUCUAGCAACAACCUUUCGGGCGAACUUCCUUCGUUGAGAAACUGCACCGACAUGAGGAGUCUUGAUCUUGGUGAGAACAAGCUGUCUGGAGCUAUUCCGGCUUCCAUAGGAGAAAACAUGCUCUCUUUGUUGAUUUUACGCUUGAGGUUCAACUCGUUUAGUGGAAACAUCCCUUCGCAAUUAUGCGGCCUUUCCAAUCUCCACAUAUUGGACCUCUCUCACAACAAUCUUUCCGGAAAUAUUCCACGCUGCAUAGGUAACUUGAAUGGCUUCAGAUUGGAAUUCACAGAUAAAGAUACACAAGACUAUCUUUACCAGGGAAGAUUGAAGGUAGUGGCUAAAGGAAGAGUGCUCGAAUAUGACUCCAUCCUUUACCUUGUCAACAGUGUUGAUCUCUCGGACAAUAACUUGUCAGGAGAGAUGCCUGUGGGGCUAACGAGCCUUAUAAGGUUAGGCACCUUGAAUCUGUCCAUGAAUCAUUUGACAGGAAAUAUCCCAGCAGAGAUCGGAAUCUUGGAGCGGAUAGAAACUCUUGACCUAUCAAGCAACAAACUUUCGGGUCCAAUUCCACAGACCAUGGUUUCUUUAACAUUUUUGAAUCAUCUCAACUUGUCAUACAACAACUUGUCCGGGAAAAUCCCAACAAGCAACCAGUUUGAAACCUUCAUUGAUCCAUCCAUUUAUGAAGGCAAUGCCGGUCUCUGCGGGCAUCCAUUACCAACCGAUUGCCAAGGCAACAAAGAAACACCUCCGGCUCCAAGUGCAGAUGGGGAGGAUGAUGACGGUAAGUCCGAUAGGCUAUGGUUCAUCUUCAGCGUGGUGAUAGGUUUCUGUUUCGGGUUCUGGGGAGUUUUCGGGACUUUGGCCGUCAAGAAGUCUUGGAGAUAUGCCUACUUUUGCUUCGUUGACAAGGUGAAGUAUGCUGUGCUUGAUUUUUUCUCAGCCAUUGCUACUUAUCUGCAGAAAAGAUCAUAGAUUUUAGAAGAAGCUGUCAACUGUGAAAGCUUAUUUAAGCAAAUAAAGAUGUUUAAUA